AUGGAUUUUCAAACAACAAACACAAGGAGGAAAAUAUUAAAUCACGUAGUCUGUAGUAUUUUGGUAGAAUGCGGUUACGACACUUGUGAAAAGCAAGCACUAGAGGUUCUCACAGAAAUGCUACUGUCUUGUAAGGAUAUUAAUUAAUUUUAGUAUUUCUAACCUCUCCGUAUUCGAAAUUUGUCAACUUCAUUACGAUAUCAUUGUACGAUUAUAAACACGGAUGAUAAACAUUUGUAUUAUAAAUAUAAAUAUAGAUUAUGUAAAAAGUUUAUGCAAAGAGAACGUACCGUUAUAAAUCUAUAUAACAUAAAUAUAAACCUAUACGACACGAGUAUAAACAAGUUACGCGAAUGGAAAGCAACGUAAUUGGAUAAAAAUUUCAGAAACUGAACAAAUAUUUACGAGAUUAUUCUUAAAUUUAUAUCAUCAUUCGUUGGACAGAUUUGUAAUGACACGUGCUUAAAUUAUUUAUAGUUGUCGUAGAAGUUGGAGAAUCUGCAAGGAAUUACUGCGAACUGUCCGGUAGAACAGAACCGCUCAUUGCGGAUGUUAUAGUAGCGUUGGUAAAUAUGGGUAUAAAAUUAGAUAAUUUGGAAAGUUAUGGCAAGAGAGCCAAUAGAACAGUUUUGCCGCCGCUUCAGCAACAAACUCAAUCGAAACAAUUAAAUAUUUUGCAAGCUGGAGUGAAACAGAGUCACCCAUCUCACAUACCGAGUUAUUUACCACCUUUCCCUGAUCCGCAUGCAUACAUUCGAACACCGACACAUAAACAACCAGUAACAGAGUACGAAGCAAUAAGAGAGAAAGCAGCAACGCAAAAACGUGAUAUCGAAAGAGCUUUAACAAGAUUUAUUGCAAAAACUGGGGAAACACACAGUCUGUUUUUAACAGAAGAUAACAGUAUGUUUCCACUAAUAUCGUGUAAACCGCAAUUUCCUAGUUAUCUUUCCGCACUCCUUCCACAGGAUCAAGUUUUUGAAACUGAUCAGGACUUUCAAUUUGAACCAAGUCCAAUCAAAAAGAAAAAGGAGCAAGAGAGAGAAGAGUUGGAAGAAGGUAUGAAAGGACAAAACGAAGAUGUCGAACAAAACGGGGAAAUUGCAACGCAACAAGACGCUAUAGAUAAUCCUUACUUGAGACCUGGAAAAAUACCAAAAAAUAAAAUGCCAGGCGCCUCGGUUCCUGGUUUACAUUCAAUAAAGAGGGAUUCUCUUGAAUGA